GAGCUGUCGUCAUCGCCGCGCGCCACCCGCGGAAACGGUUGCUAUGGGUUUAACGGCUGUGGCGGCGCGAGGGAGCCGCGCUCGGCCCUUACGGCCUCUGUUGAGCGCCGGUCUCCGGGCUCUGUCGGCGUCGGCUGCCCGGGCGCGGCCUCGCGGGCUGAUCUACGAGCAGCAUGGGGAGCCGGCUCAGGUCCUAAACCUAAAGGAGAUAGAUCUGGCAGAGCUGGGGGAUUCUGGAGUCAAUGUGAAAAUCAUUGCAGCCCCUAUCAAUCCAUCUGACAUCAAUAUGAUUCAAGGGACGUAUGCUACUCUGCCUGACUUGCCUGCGGUUGGUGGGAAUGAAGGAGUUGGACAAGUGAUUGAAGCUGGGAGUCGUGUGACUUCUCUGAAGCCAGGUGAUUUGGUUAUCCCAGCUGAUGCAGGACUUGGAACAUGGCGAACAGAGGCAAUAUUUGGUGAGGAGACCCUGCUGAAAAUUCCUCCUGAUAUCCCAUUAACGUGUGCUGCCACUUUAAGUGUCAACCCCUGCACAGCUUAUCGGAUGUUGUCGGACUUUGAGGUCUUGAAGCCAGGAGAUUCAGUCAUCCAAAAUGCAGCCAAUAGUGGAGUGGGGCAGGCCGUCAUCCAGAUCGCAGCAGCCAAGGGGUUCAAAACAAUAAAUGUGGUCAGAGAUAGACCCAAUCUCCAGGAGCUUGUAGACAGACUGAAGUCCCUUGGAGCAGACCAUGUCGUCACAGAGGAGGUGCUGAGAAAACCGGAAGUAAAAGAGCUGUUUAAGAAAAUCCCUAGGCCCAUAUUAGCUUUGAAUGGCGUUGGAGGGAAAAGUGCCACUGAGUUGCUGCGUCACCUCCAGCACAAAGGGACCAUGGUUACCUAUGGUGGAAUGUCAAAGCAGCCUAUAACAGCCCCUGUGAGUGCACUGAUCUUUAAGGAUGUGAAACUUCGUGGCUUUUGGAUGACCCAGUGGAAGAGGGACAACGCACAGAACAAAGAGAAACUGAGAGGAAUGAUUGAAGAUCUAUGUGAUCUCAUUCGUAAGGGUCAGCUCACAGCUCCAGCCUGCCAAGAAGUCCCACUGAUAGACUACCAAGCUGCUUUGGAGUCUUCCAUGAAGCCCUAUGUAUCAGCUAAACAGAUCCUUGUUAUGUGAAGCCGGUCUGAUGGGGAAAUUUGUACACAGCCUGUUCAGAUGGAGGUCAGGCCCAGCUGGUUUCAGGGCUCCCAAGACUAGAGAACUGAACUUUUUCAAAGCUCCAUGCCCUGCAGCUUGGCAGAGGGGGAACUGUGGGGGGCAAAUGACCCAGACUAUCCAGUAAUAGUGGUGGUGGGAGAUUAAAGCUCUUGUUUCUAUAUGACUAGGAAACACUGGUUUCAUGGCAGAAGGUGGGGUGGAGGAUGACCUAGGGAGACUUUCCCUCAGUGUACCCUGAUCUAGAUUUUCAGUGAAGGAACUGUACAAAAGCUGCUGUGUGCUCAAAUUUCUUCCUCCUAUAGCACACUUUUUGCUGGCUUUUCUGCACUUCAGCUCUGCUUCUGCAGAUCGAUUGCAUUUUCUAGGAUCAGGUACUACUGCAUAAUUGGGUAUUUGGCCUUCUUUAGAUGGAGAAUAGCUUUUGAAUUAUGGACAGCAAAACCUGUCCAUUUCCUACAGAUCUUUCUUUUGUUUCUUUUCCACUUGUAACACUUACUGUGUUUGUCCUUGUCUUAAGUAGCAAUGUGCUCCCACCAUUCAAAAUCAGGCAUAAAAGUGAUUGUACAUUAGUGGCAUAAUGUUUUAUAUGGGAAGACAGAUCUGGUCAAGACUUCAGGAAAAGUGAGGCUUGCCUACUAGCCCUCUUAAUGUCUAGUGCGUUCUAAUUCACAUUGUUGGUCCAUUAGCGAUGGGCAACAUGAGCUGUAUCCAGCCUACCAAGGCUUUUCCCCUGGAGUUACCACUUUGCAGAUUACUUUCCGAGAGCAUUGAUGUGUCAGAUGCAGCCUGCAGUCCUCAAGUGUCAUCCUCCUAAUCUGUAUAUAACACAUAGAAAGACUACUUUAAAAUUGGUUAUUUAUAUCAAGACUGUUGUAACUGAAAUGAAGGCAAAUUGUAUUUGAUUGCAAACCUGUUCUUGCAGAACCGUGUAAUGACCGUUGAAAUGCCAAUGAUUUUUGUUUCCAAUAAAAUUCUCUAGCUCUGA